AUGCAGCUCCCUACUUUCACCCAGGUCGCCACCGUUGGCGUUGCCUUCUUCGCCGCCACUGCUCUGGCUGCGCCCGCCGCUGGGCAUGCUGCUGCUGUCGAGAUCCGCGCCAACGGAAACGUCAACGGCGCUGAGCUCGCCGCUCGCACCUUUUCGAAGCAGUGCAAGCGCACCUUCUGGAACCCCAAGGGCAACUGCCAGAAGCAGUGCAAGCGGACCUUCUUCAACUUGAAGGGCAAGUGCAACGACGACAACAACGACCAGUACGGUAACAAGGGCGGCAACCAGGGCGGCAACAAGGGUGAUGACAACGAGGACCAGUGGGAUGACAACAAGGGCAACAACAACAAGGGUGGUGAUGAUGAUGACAACAACAACAACAAGGGCGAGAACAAGGGCAAUGUCUACGGAAACAAGAACAAGGGCGGUAACAACAAGGGCAACACCAAGGGAGCUUGGCGCCGCCAGGAGAGUGGCAUCCCCACCAACACUACCGUCGUCGUUGCCCCCUCCGAUGCUCCCGUCGCCACACCCGUCGAUGUUCCUGUCGCUACCCCCGUCGCCACUCCCGUCGAUGCUCCCGUCACUACCCCCGUCGAUGCCCCCACUGACGCUCCUGAGGAUGCUCCCGCUGACGCUCCUGAGGAUGCCCCUGAGGACGACUCCGAGGAUGCUCCCGAGGACGACUCUGAGGAUGCCCCUGAGGACGACGAGGAUGUUUCCGAGGCUGACAUCACCGACGACGAUGUCGAGGGUGAGGAGACUCAGUAA